GAGUAGCGCUAAAAUCGAUAUUACCGUAUCGGAUUAGGGUUAGUGUGGCCGCAAAUCAACGGUAUUGGCCUCUGGGCGGUAUCCCACAGUGCACCACAGUGACAGCUCUGGACAGCAAUCUGAACUCUGAUACACUGGCCAGGUAUAUAGGAAAAGCCUGGAAACUUUUGAAUUGCAUUUCCUGUUUGGCCAGCGUGGAGCUCUGAUCAGCACAGGUGACCACACACAGCUCAUCAGCACAGGUAGCAAUGCAGUCUCCUGAGAAUAGAAAAAGAGCUCCAGCAUGGACCGCACGGGAGGUACUGGAUCUGAUCACUAUAUGGGGAGAGGAUUCAGUGCUAACAGAACUCCGUUCCAAAAGACGAAAUGAAAAAAUAUUUGAAAAAAUUUCCAAGGCUAUGAUGGAAAAAGGCCACACCAGGGACUCAGUGCAGUGCAGAGUGAAAGUUAAGGAGCUCAGAUAAGCCUACCAGAAAACCAAAGCAGCAAACAGAAGUUCCCGGUCAGGACUGAAAACAUGCCGCUUCUACGCUGAGCUGCAUGCAAUUUUAGGGGGCUGCGCCACCACUAUCCCACCCCUGUCUGUGGAUUCCGAGGUGGGGGUUGUAAUCUCAACCAUGGCUGAGGAUUCUGCGGAGGGGGAAGAUGAGGAGGAGGAGGAGGAAGAGGAGGACGACCUUGCAGCGAGCACACAGCACUCCGUUAGCCCCAACAGCCAGGAGCUUCUUCUCACCCAGACGGAAUUACCCUCCCAGCCCUCCCAAGCCACUAGCCCAGACAGUGAAGCCAUGGAAGCGACCUCUGCUGCACAUUUUUCAAGCCUCCCUACUCCAUCUCGAAGGCUAUCUCAGAUAAGGCGGAGGAAAAAGAAGACGCGAGACGAAAUGUUCUCGGAAAUGAUUGAAGUAACCCGCAAUGAAAGAGCUCAUCUGAAUGAGUGGAAGGCCGUGGUAUCAAAUUACAGGAAAGAUGCCAGUGAACGUGAGGACAGGAGGGACCAACGUGAGGAUAGGAGGGACGCUCGAGAUGAGAGGUGGCGGCAGGAAGAUCAGAGGUGUAGGCAAGAAGAUCAGCGGUGGCGGGAUGCAAUGCUGGUGCUGCUGCAUGAUCAAACUGAUAUCCUCCGACAUCUGGUGGAUCUUCAGGAAGAGCAGUGGGGUCACAGAGUGCCGCUGCAGCCCCUGUGUAACCACCCUCACCACGUUCCAUAUCUUCCUCACCCAGACGUGUAAGAACGCGUGGGGGAAGGCUUCAUGCACCCGCACACUCCACCCCUGUGGACAAUCCAACCAAAAGGCUGUCAUUACACUGAAAUGUGUUUAAUGGCCUUUUUCUUCCCUCCUAUCCUCCUCCCAAACCACACCUGGGAUACCUUGUCAGUUCUCUCCCUCUUUUUAUAAUUACUUUUUAAUAAUGAAUACAUGAUUUUUAAACUAUAGUGACUUUAUUUCCUUAAGCAAGCUGUAAUCGAAGGGGGAGGGUGGGUUGCUUACAGGGAAGGAGUCAAUAAAGGGGGUGGUUCAUGAAGGGGAAACAAACACAGCAGUCACACUGUACCCUGGCCCGUGAUGAAACUCGUUUUCAAAGCUUCUCUGAUGUGCACCGCUUCCUGGUGUGCUCUUCUAAUCGCCCUGGUGUCUGGCUGCGUAUAAU